AGACAGGAGCAUUCUAAGGGCGAUAACCGUUUAAAUAUGCAGAUUUUAGAUGUUCUUCUUUCAGAUUUGGAUAAGUAUCUGUCAUCGGCUGAUUCAGAUAUCCAGUCAUCACUAUCUUCUUGUCUUACAGUAUUAAUCAACUUCUGUACGGAGUGUGCGGAAGCACGGCGGUAUGUCCGCCUAAAGGUGAUGCCGCCACUACAUGCAGAAGAUGUUCAGCAGCGGCCAGACGUUGGAGAGAAAGUGAGGAAUAAGCUGAUCAAAGUAAUGAUCGGUAAAAUUCAUAUAUCGCAACUGGCUGCUCAUUUCUUGUUCAUUCUUUGCAAAAGAAGCGUCAGUCGUUUCAACAAAUAUUGUGGAUUUGGUAACGCGGCGGGUCUUCUUGUGAAUUAUGGACUUCUUGGUGAGAUUAACCGUCCUAAAAGUGUUGAUGACAGUGAAGAUUCUGAAACAGAGGAUUAUAAAGAUGUUGAAGAGCGUAUUAAUCCAGUGACUGGCUACAUAGAACCUUUCAAAGAAAGCCCACUUGAGAAGAUGACCGAUGAACAGAAGGAGUACGAAGCAAUGAAAUUGGUUAAUGCAAUGAAGAACCUUAUGGAUCAAGGUGUCAUAUCCCCAGCUAAAACUGAUGAAAGUGGGAAACUGCGACCGGUAGAGCACAUUCUGGAACUCGUUGAAGGUCAGGCGAAAAACAAAACAGUAGUUGAUUCCGAAAGUGACGACAAUUGA